AUGCUCGCGUGCUCACAGACAUGCAAAUACCUCCACGCCCUCGUAUCCUCCUCAUCCGCCCUCCAAUACUCCCUCGCCCUAUCCGCCACCGGCACAUACGACGGGCCCGCCUCCCUCCCCCUCUCCACCUCCGAGCGCUUAUCGCUCCUGCAAACCCGGCGCAAAUCCUGGCGCACGCUCACACUGAACGAGCCCGCGGCCAGCAUCCACCUGCCCGGGAACUGCCAGGCGUACGACCUCGUCGGCGGGUACUACGGCAAAUGCGCCGGGCCGGCCGAUACGGAGUCUGACUCCUUAGAGCCGGGGGAGAGGCGCAGUAUAACGCUUGUCACGCUUCCUUCGAAUAAUCCGAGACGAGAGGCGGGGAUUGAGACGUACGAUCUGGGCGUGCAGAUCAAGGACUUCGCGAUGGAUCCCAGCCAGGAUCUGAUCGCGUUUUUGGAAAUGCCGAGGCAGGACGGCAGGGUACGGCUGCACAUGCGCAGGCUGAGCGAGCCAGGGGCCGCGCAUCCGCUGGCGAGCGUGGGCGUGUUGGAGGGGAGCGCGGGGCGGUUUGUUAGGGAGUGUAUGGUCGAUAUUGCGGAAGAUGUUGUUGCGCUUUAUGCGAGAGAGCUGGGGCCGCGGGUUAUCAUCUUCAACUGGAGGACGGGCGAGGAGCUUGUCAACAUGCAGCCCCCGCACCACGACGUCCCGCCACACGACUUCUCCUUCGUCUCCCCGCGCGCCUUCCUCCUCACAUACGCCCACACCGACGCCAUCCGCCUCUUCUCCUUCUCCACCACCUCUCCAUCAAACUCAAAAUCCAAAACGCUCGACGUAACAUCGACCCUCCGCCUGCCUCCCCCAGCCGUCGGCGCGCGCUUUCUGGGCCUCAACACCCUCACCGGCCCCUGGCUCGCCCGCGCGCCGCCGCACAGCGCGUACCACCCCGCCAACGCGCGGCGCGUACACACGUUCUGUCUGACGGUCGAGGAUAUAGAGGGGAUGUGGCACGAGCUUAUGCUCGUCGUCCCCGGGUCCGCGUUGGUGGGCAUUAUACAGGCCGCGCUGUGGAGGCCGAGUAUAUUUCCGCGGUUGCCGGCGCUGGUGGGCGAGAGAGCUAGUGGGGAGGACGAGAAGGGUAGGAUGGUGGGGUGGGAUAAGUGGAUUACGAAGGAGGCGCGGGUCGUGCCGAUGGCGCAGGCGUUCGAGUGGCAGCGGUAUGUCCAUGGGGCACGCAUGUUGGCGCGGGGGACGGCGGGGUUGCAUCUGUUCGACUUCGAUGUGCCGGUCAAGGAUGGCGAGAGGGAUAAGUGGAGGGACGCCAGGAUGUUUGCGAGGGGAAGCGUCAGCGUGUUUGAGAGUGGGGAGAGGGGCGUGCUUGUGGAGGGCAUCUUACAUGUCGGGAGGAAUCGAGGGCGAAGUCAAAGCCGUGGUUCUGAGGCUGGACGUACGGGAGAUGGAGAGAACGACGGCGGGGAGGACGACGGAACGGAGUGGGCAGAGAACCUCGUCAUCGACGAGGUCGCGGCCAUGAACCAGAGUCACCAGCCGCUCAUCGAUAUCCCGCGUCCGCCGCCGCUGCAGGAGGAUGGCGAGCAGGAGCUGUUCUCGUCGUUGCCGUAUGGGUGCGUGUGCGUUCCGGUGCCGGAAGUGCCGAAGGAUGGACGGGGCGGGGUGUAUACGGGCUUCAUGCUGGAUGAGCAGAGGCUUGUUGGUGUGCGGUCGGUCGCGGACGGAGAGGUGUUGGACGUGUGGACGUUCUGA